AUGAAGGUCGUAUUGGGAAAUCCAAACUUGCCAAAGGACAUUCUCGUGAAUGAUGCUGCUCAUCAUUCCAAGACUCUCUCCAUCUUCCAAGAAGAAGGAACAGAAAUUAGAAAAGCUACAAAUGUUUCUACAUCACGUGCUCCAGUGUAUGCUUUGAACGGAAAAUCAUUGUAUCCAAAACAUUACUUUGGAUUUUUGAAGAAUUUGAAGCAAGUUUGGGCUCCAAGAGCAACCUCUGCCGGAUUCUGGGGAGUUACUCUCGGUUUUUGGGCAUGGUAUGCUCUUCUUCCACAUAGCAACAUGGUCUUGAGAAGAGUUUUCCUCGGAGAACAACCAGAAGAUUAA